CACACACAAACAAGCUAAUAACCUAGUAAUAUUCCAACGCGCGACCUCGGCAGUCGGCGCGACGGUUCUCAAUCCUGUUUCACUCGACGCGACAACGAGAAUAUCAUUUCAAUAUUGUUAAAAAAAAUUUUCUUCGUAAACAUGUCCAGUAAUGUUCCAUAUUAUGUAACGGCCACUGUUACUGCGGCUGGUGUUCUCGGCAGCGUCUACUGUGCUUACCGUCUGUACCGUCAAGAAAAGCCAGUGAAACUUCCAGAAAAAUGGGAGCAAGUUGGAGUUCUGACGGAAAUCAACGUGUACCCAAUAAAGUCUUGUGGUCGCAUUAUGUUGGAAACAGUUGAAUGUACUAACAUGGGAUUAAGAGAUGGGUGGCUUCGUGACAGAGUCCUGAUGGUUGUCGACGAUAAAGACAAUUUCAUAACAGCGAGAGGUUUCCCUGAACUUUUGGCUGUGCAGCCCACUAUUAGAAAUUCUGUUCUUACUUUGGAACAUCCGAACAUGGAAAAACUCAACGUCAAUUUAGCUGAGGUUGUGGCUCUACAGAAACCGAAGAAGGCAAUUGUUUGGGGCGAUCCUGUACCCGUGUAUGACUGCGGCUGGGAGGUGAGCGAGUGGUUCUCAAGAUUGAUUGACCGGUCACCCCUGAACUUCCGUCUUGUAUACUAUGCAUCCGAAAACUGCCGUAAACUUCGCGGCACUACAAACAAGGCCUACAAAUUCGGAAAAGAAGAUACGGGCGCCCUCCCUGAUGAGACCUCAUUCAAUCUCGUUAACGAGGCGUCAGUAGACGACUUGAAUACCCGGCUAUCCGACUGUAAGGUCUCAACGAAAAACUUCAGACCUAACUUCGUGCUCAAAGGCGCUAAACCUUAUGAUGAAGACAACUGGAAGUUCGUGAAAAUUGGCGAAAAUGUGUUUGAAAUAAUCAAACCGUGUCUAAGAUGCAUCUUGACUACCAUCGAUCCGGAGACGGGUAUUCGCAAUGCCAACACGGAACCAUUGCAGGAGUUGAAGAAGUACCGUCAACUCACAGAUCCCGAAGAACGUAAAUCUGGUGGUAGCUCUCCAAAAAUGGGAUUACAGAUGGCACUGCGUAGUGGCCCUGGCGGAAAGAUUUCACUCAACGACCCUAUUUACGUAGCAUAAGCGGUUUUUCGGGUAAUUUGUUCCAACUAUUUAUCUAGUUGGUUUUAUUGGGACAACCCCAAUUUAUGCAUUUUUUACUAUACCUAUUUUAUUUUGUUUUGUAUUCAAUUAUGAUUUUUAUUAUGAAAUAAAAGAAUGAAAUGUU